UUCCCAAAGCUGCAGCCGGCCACAGAUCUGGCACCGCAGGACGCACACACGUCUCCGGUAUACUCGGUCCUCCUCCUCCUCCUCUUCCUCCUCCUGCUCCUACUCCUCCUCGCAUCAUGCAUCCAGCGAGACUGAGCUCCACCGGCCAGUGACGAGCGUGUCCACAGAGCCGAGCGCGUCCACUGACCGUGCGUAAACACAGCAAGUCGAGGAGAGAGACUGCGCGUUUGUCUCCUUUCUCCAAACCGCUGGAAGCCACAAAAACAGGCGGGGUCGAAAGUUUCUGGAAGGAUUUUUUUUUUUUCUUCACAUUAUAAUUAUAACUAUAAUUAUUUAAAGAGGAAUAUUUUUGUUCCCGAGCCCCUUUUCACCAAGGACAUGGAGUACACGUCAUCCCCGAAACCGCAGCUGUCAUCCCGGGCAAAUGCUUUUUCCAUAGCGGCCCUGAUGUCCAGCGGGAAGCCGAGCAAGGACAAGGAGACGGAGGAGAGCACCAUCAAGCCCCUGGAGCAGUUCGUGGAGAAGUCCUCGUGCAACCAGGCUCUGGCUGACCUGUCCUCCCUGGACGCGCACGGCGGCGACUUCAGCGGGAGCGCGCCCUCGGUGUGCACGGAGCCCCUCAUCCCCACCAAUCCCGGCGUCCCGAGCGAGGAGAUGGCCAAGAUCUCGUGCACCCUGGAGACCAAGGAGCUGUGGGACAAGUUCCACGACCUGGGAACCGAGAUGAUCAUCACCAAGUCCGGAAGGAGGAUGUUCCCCACCAUCCGGGUCUCUUUCUCCGGGGUGGACCAGGACUCGAAGUACAUCGUGUUGAUGGACAUCGUCCCGGUGGACAACAAGCGGUACCGGUACGCGUACCACCGCUCCUCCUGGCUGGUGGCCGGCAAGGCCGACCCUCCUCUGCCCGCCAGGCUGUACGUGCACCCGGACUCCCCGUUCACCGGAGAGCAGCUGAUGAAGCAGAUGGUUUCCUUCGAGAAGGUGAAGCUGACGAACAACGAGCUGGACCAACACGGACACAUCAUCCUGAACUCCAUGCACAAGUACCAGCCCCGAGUCCACAUCAUCAAGAAGAAGGACCACACCGCCUCGCUGCUCAACCUCAAGUCCGAGGAGUUCCGCACCUUCGUCUUCGUGGAAACCGUCUUCACGGCCGUCACAGCCUAUCAGAACCAGCUGAUAACCAAACUGAAGAUCGACAGCAACCCGUUCGCCAAAGGUUUCCGGGACUCGUCGCGGCUGACGGACAUGGAGAGCAGGGAAAGUGUUGAGAACCUGAUCCACAAGCACUCGUACGCCCGGUCGCCGAUCCGAACCUACACUGGCGAUGAGGACAACCUGGGUGAGGACAUCCACUCCGCACACGCCAGAGGUUCAGCGUUCUCCGCCUCAGACAACCUCUCUCUCAGCUCCUGGGUCACCACCGCAUCGGGCUUCUCUGGCUACCCACAGUCCCUGUCGGCGAUGAGCGCUGGCGCCGCCUCCCUGCCCCACCCCAUCCAGGGCUCCCUCCCCCCCUACAGCCGGCUGGGCAUGCCGCUGACGCCCAGUGCGCUGGCCGGCACCAUGCAGGGCAGCGGGCCGUCCUUCCCAUCCUUCCACAUGCCCCGCUACCACCACUACUUCCAGCAGGGGCCCUACGCCGCCAUCCAGGGACUGCGCCACUCCUCCACGGUCAUGACGCCCUUCGUAUGACUCCAUCCUGGGGAGGAGGCGACCGGAACCUCACACUGAGUCCAGUGCAACAAGUUCCUCCUCCACGCCGGCUCAUCACUCCUCAUCCAGUUUGUAUCUUUCCUCUGGUGUUUGUAAAUAGUUCACGGCAGCGGGCGAGCGGGCGGUGACACUGCGAAGAGGACGUGGCUUCCUGAAGGAGAAUCCAGAAGAAGAAAAAAGGACUGAACCCUGCGGAAACACCAGCAGGUUCCAGGGUUUCUAUGACAACUGCAACAUCUCACACAAGACAACAAAGGGAGCAUGUUUGAUCUUGGCCCUUGAAGAACAGUGGAUCCUCAAUUCAAACCAAAUCUAACAAUAUCUAGAAGACCACGUCUUCCUCUAAAGAUUCAACGUCUCUACUGGGUCUCCACCAAGCUUUACACACGGCAGGUUGCUGUGUGAUCCUUCAACGGUGCAGCCUACACAUUACUUCCUGGAGAGACUCGUGUCUGACGCUGCAGCACGAUGGACAGCGGAGCUCAGUCCGAGUCUGGGAACUCUUCAGCGUAUCGAGAGGCCAGCUCAGCUUUUUCUGUGUUUUCUAGAAAGCAGCCAUAUGUACAGUACAAAGUUAAACACCUCCACGCUCUGUUGAAAAUACUGUUCGCAAAAAACACACGUUAAAACACAUUGUACAAAGGUGAAAAUACUGCAUUUACUCAUAGGAAAAUUCUCACUGUAGAGUGCAAAAAAAAAAAAAGAAAAACCAUAGGACGCAUGCUGACGCAGUAGACAAACACACUGGGUGAACUUUAUAUGGAAUAUUAUGGGAUGAAUAUGUUCACCUGCAACUGGGGGAAAGGAUUUUUUAUUUACUUUCAAGGUCCAGUCAAACCAGCUUUUAAAAGUUCUGCAGAAAUUGGAUCAAUUGAAUGUUUAGAUUUUUUUUUACAGGCGCAAUUUCACACUAUUAACAACUAAAAAGACUCGACACCAAAAAACAACAACAUUAUGAACUGAAAGCAAAAGCCUCCAAAAUAAAUACAAAAACAAUUCAUGUGUCUAAUUAGCUCCAUAAAUCUUUAUUCUUCUGCUUUUUUCGAUCAUUCUUGAACAAAAAUGUUGUUUAAUCACAGGAAGUAAAAAGAAGAGAAGAGAAAAUACAAAGAAACUAUUGCUGGUAUCUUACUGGCCUUUUAGCACGUUAGCCGUUAGCUCACAGCCACAGUAGUUGAGCACGCACACACACACACACACACACACACACACACACACUCACUCUCACACCUACAACAGGAGUGAAGGAUUUUUAUUUCUGUUAAAGGUCGAAAUCAAAGCAUCGUUCGAAACGACGAAGAAAUUAAUCCAUUUCAAUCGAUUCUUCAAAAUUUGCCAAUUUUUUGCACCCGGCUCGUGAAAAUCCGCCCCGUUAACCAACAUCAUGAACUGAGAACAACAAGAUGGAAGAAACUAUUUAUUGAUUAAAAAAUUUAGAGUAAAAAAGAAAACUAAACUAAACUAGAGAAGCUUCUUUGACUGUUUCCCUAAAUCACCCAGUUCUCUAUUUAGUGAAGUGAUAGAUUUCAUUGUUUCACUCUCUGUUGUGACUGAAACUAAAUUCAAGUUCACUAAAAAACCUUUUUUUAACAUUUCAAUUCAAUAUUUCAAGUGUGUGAAACGGCCCCUAAAUGUUCUCACUCUGUUUCCACUGAUCUGGAAACAAACACUGAAAUCUCUUCACGUCUGAACACACAGGAACAUCUGACGUGUGGUUUGUAAAUCAGCUUCUACUCUUUUCUCCUGCCGACCGUGGACCGCAGCCUUUCAGCAGCCGGCCGUUGGCAGGCGCUGCCGAGCUGAUGCAUGGCGGCGUCGGAGCGUGUCGACAGGGCGUCCACACCUGGAAAUAAUGGCUCUGUGCAGUUUGGUUUCAAAAAGGGAGGAGGAGUCGACUCACACACUCUAAAGCUGCAGCGGAGUUUUAAAUGUAAAACUGAUUAGAGUGAUUUAUUUAGAAAUACAUGAGAAAGUAAAACAGGCAGAGGGUCCCAGAAACUGGAAAAAAGUUAGUUUAUGGCCAAAAUGUUAAUUUAAAAAACCAUUAAGAUUAUUUUUCAACUUUAAAAAGAUCUAUAAUAAUUAUUAUAUUCGAUUUGAUUGUUAAAUUAAUAAUUUUGUCCACAUAUGUCAGAAAUACACAAACAACUUCCUGGAGCUCAAACCAGAUUUAUUCAGACUUAUUCAACAGUCCACGAUGCAAAAUAACAAUACUUUCACAUCACUAUUAAUAUUAUUUAUAUUUAGUAAAACAGAAAACACUGAAACACACAUUUGAGAAGCUGGACCCACUGAACUUUGGGCAUUUUUAGUUUAUAAUUUUAAAAUAGAAAAAUUCUUGAUUUUGAAAAUGUAAAGAAUCAAAAGAUAAUCAAAUAAGCUUUUGGUUCUUUUGCUGUGGAUCAAAUAUUGGAUUAGAUGUUGAAGGAACCAUAUCAAAAGUCUUUAUCUUAUAUAUUUAUUGAUAUUUGAUUUUCAAAAUCAAAUAAACCAAUAUCAUUAUCGGCCUAUAGAAUCCGGUUUGAGCUGAACCAGACUCAUUCGACCUGUUCAAGUAUUUAUCGUCUAUUCAGGAGUCGUUUUCUUCUGCAGUUAAUUCAACGUUUCUGUUUCAGAAGGAGAUUGUUUUUCAUGUUUAUGUAUAAAUUCCUAAAGACCACCUCUGUAACCGUGGAAACAGCAGCAGCAGCAGAGACGUGUGUGCAAUGAACAAAGAUGUUUUCAGUGCUCGGACGGAAUCUCACUCUGUGUAAAAGCUGGUUUCACAAACACUGUAAAUGUUCCCGUUUUGACUUUUGCCAAAGUUUCACAUCACAAGACGAAUGUUUCUGUAGAAAAUGGACAUGAAUGUUCUUUGUGUUUUCAUUAUAACGUGGAAACAGUUGAUUUAUUCUCACCAGCGAGUUGAGGAGAAACAAGAGCUUGGAUCCUUCUCUCCAGUAGUUUCCAUCUUUCCACUUGUACAACACAACAACACAACAACACAACAACACACUUUGAAGCAAACGCACAUUCCCGACUUGCCACUGAGAAUAUUCUCUCUUUCCUUCCUCUUUAUUUUUUUUUACGUUUGUUUUCCUUUUAUAUUUCCAUAAUCUGAAUACGACACCGGACGAGAUUGUGUUUUUGAUGAUUUUUUUUAUUUUUUAAUUUUAAGUGCAAUAUAUUUAUUUUGCUCUCUGGAAAUAAUGUGUAAUGUACUUAUGCCGCAUUAAAAAAAAGUAGUUAUUUGUAAAACCUUGAGAAAUAUAUAUCACCACUCAAACACUUUGAGUUCUUUUUCUUUUUGGGGAUAUCGUGUAAGUUUCUCCGUCACAGUGAAUCACAGAUUGUCAGAAAUAAAUGAAAUCAUGAGAUGAUUUCAAACCUG